UUGAGAAAUUUCUUAUGAGGAGUGUCGAUUUUAAUUUUUCUCCCUUCGCGAACGCGUUUUCCUCGCAAUUAUGUUACAAGAAAUAAUUUUCUUUUGCGCGGCAAUUGGUGUUGUUUUCUACGUGUAUAUGACAUGGUACUUUAGUUACUGGAAGAAGAGACAAAUUCCAGCACCACCACCUAAAUUUCUUCUUGGAAAUCUUCCUGGUUCCGUGACACAGAAGAGAAAUUUAACAUACGACGUUGAUGAUAUAUACAGAGAAUACAAAGCUCAAUAUGCUUUUGUUGGAAUAAUUAAUCUCAGACAACCGAAUAUUCUGAUCUUACAUCCGGAUCUAGUCAAAGAAGUAUUAAUUCGGAAUUUUAGUUCAUUCGCAAAUAAUUCAUUUGCCAAUUUCACGGACAAGAAUACAGAUCCAAUUUUUGGGAGGAAUCCUUUCAUCCUUAAAGGCGAUGAAUGGAGGGAGAAACGCGGGGAAAUUACUCCGGCAUUCACAACGUCAAGAAUUGAAACAAUGUAUCCGGUGAUUGAGUAUAUUUGCAAGAGAAUGACAAAGUAUCUGAAAUAUGGGAAUGAACAGCGACGAAUUGGUAUUGAUGCAAAAGAAUUGGCAGCAAAGUAUUCAACGGAUGUCGUUUCAAGUUGCAUUUUCGGCUUGGACGGUGGAUCCUUCAGUGGGGGCAAGGCGAUAAUUCGUGAAAUGGGAAAGACCCUCUUCACGCCAAGUUGGCGAGUUGUUGCGUACUUUGUGGUAGCUCAGAUAUUUCCGUAUUUACGGAAAUUCUACAAAAUUAAAUUCGUCCCGGAUAAUGUUGAGCAAUUCUUCGUGGAUAUCAUGAAGGAUGCCGUCACAUUUAGGCGUCAGACAAAUGUUGAUCGUUUCGACUACCUCCACUACCUUCUUGAGCUUCAGGAUCGCAAAAAGCUCAAUGAAUUGGACAUGGUGGCGCAUGCUAUAACCUUCUUCUUGGAUGGCUUUGAAACAUCCAGUAUUGCUCUACAAUUCACCCUUUACGAACUUGCCAGUAAUAGGCGUGUGCAAGAUAAACUACGGCAAGAGAUAAGGGAUACUCUGACAAAACAUACAGAACUGAGUCAUGAGGUUGUCUCCCAAAUGCCCUAUCUCGAUCAAGUUUUUACCGAAGCUCUUAGGCUCUAUCCACCGAUACCGCUCUUGGCGAAACUCUGUAAUGAAACGACGGAAUUUAGACUGAAAGCCGGUGAAUACCGGACAAUUGAGAAGGACAUGCAAAUCGUUAUUCCCAUCUACAGCCUACACCGUGAUCCUGAGUACUACACUGACCCGGAUAAAUUCAUCCCUGAACGAUUUAAUCCUGAAAAUGGUGGAACAAGGGCAUUUCGCGAUAGGGGAGUUCUAAUUCCAUUCGGUGAUGGUCCGAGGUUUUGCCUUGGACACAAAUUUGCCCUGGCUCAAGUGAAAGCUGCCAUUGUGUCCUUAGUUUCUAAUUUUGAAUUGAGUGUUAAUGCCAAAACCAAAACUCCCAUUGUCCUCGAUCCCAGACAAUUCCUUGCCUAUCACAUAGGUGGGAUAUGGUUAGACUUUAAAACCAUAUCUAGUUGAAGUUUAAAUACAAGAUUUCCAACAAAAAAUCUUUAAAAACCAGUGAUUGUAAAAUAUUCAAAAGGGAUUCCUAAAAAUAAAUUCUACUUUUUAAUUUUA